AUGAAGGAGAGAAGGGGAAGCAAAAUCAAAGGAGCAGAGAUCACGGUAACCGAGAAAUCAGGCAAACAGGGAAGUGUCAGUGAUCACAAACCCACUGAGAGACCAAGAAUGCCAUCAGAUAUCAGCCAGGGACAUCCAAAACAAGCCCAAAACACCAUGGGGACUACGCAUCCAUCACCAAAUACGACUGAGCCACUGCCUUGUCCAAGGUGUAACUCCACCACCACCAAGUUUUGCUACUACAACAAUUACAACCUCUCUCAACCUCGCCAUUUCUGCAAGUCAUGCCGCCGUUACUGGACACAAGGUGGGACCCUCCGUGAUGUACCUGUUGGUGGUGGCACACGCAAGAACUCCAAGCGCUCUCGCUCAUCCUCAAAUAAUUCUUCAACAUCUACCUCAUCUUCUAACUCUACUGCUUCGAAUUCUGCAACUUUGCCUCCUUUCGCCACCACUCAUGAACCCGAAUCCGCACCCGUGGCUUUAUCAUCGACUACUGACUUUGGCUUAGCAGCUGUGAAGACUGAGAUAUCAGCGGGGUUAAAUCUGAACGAGGGAUUACCUUCUGAAAAUGGAAAUUUUAUCUCGCUUAUGAACUCUAAUGAUCAACAUGGGUUUAUUGGUCUUGGCGGGUAUGGAUACUCGUCAGGGUUUGGGUUCGGGACUUGUGAAAUGGGUAUUGGAUAUGGUGCAAGAGGGCUUUGGUCCUAUCCUGCAAUUGAGACUGUUGUUGGCAAUGGUGGUGCUGCUUUUGGAGGUGAUGCUUCUGGCUGCAGUACUUUGCAGCUGGAAAGUGAUCAUGCUGAAGGAGGGGGGCAUUUUGCAACUGAUGGUGAUAAUUAUUUUGGUUGGCCUGGCCUUCUUAUGUCUGCUCCAGCAGGGAAAGACCGUAUAGACAGUGAUAGGGUUUAUGGUAUAGCAGAUGAACAAGUUCAAAGUGUACCUCUUGGGUAG